AUGGUGAGCUUCAUUGUCGGCAAGCCGAGCUUCAGCCCAAGCUUUGCACCUCAGCAUGACUUUGAACUUCGUGUUGAAGAGGUCAAAUCUCCCAAAAGUGAUAUCAAUGCAUUGAUUCUGGAUUACCUCACCAUGGAGGGAUAUCCAAACGCCGCAGCCAAUUUUUCCAAAGAGGCCAAUCUGGUCCCUCACCAGGAGACACCUUCUAUCAUUGCCAGGCAGGAAAUACAAAAGUGUAUCCAUAGCGGCAAUAUUCAAACAGCUAUUGAAACAUUAAAUGAUUUCGACCCCGAGAUCCUAGAUGAAGACAAAGCACUGCAUUUUUCUCUGCUACGACUUCAACUUGUCGAACUCAUUCGUACCUGUAAUACACCUGGAGGCGACAUUGGGCCGGCGCUCAAGUUUGCCACAGAGCAGCUAGGCCCUAGAGCACCUACGAACAACAAGUUCCUCGGGGAUCUAGAGAAGACGAUGGCACUACUCAUGUUCCCGUCGGACUCGCUUGAGCCGGAAUUAGCGGCUCUGUUGAAACCAGAGCUGCGCCUAGAAGUAGCUGAUAACGUCAACCGUGCCAUUCUGGAACGGCAAUCCCAAAGACGCGAGUCGGCCAUCCGCCAGCUCGUGAGAAUGCGCGUCUGGGCCGAGAAUACUGCUCGCGACAAAGGCAAAAGUCUACCUGAGUACCUGGAGCUUGGCUUGUAUAACGACGUGCCUGACCUCGGUAGACUGCCUCCCCAGACACGAAACGGCCACGACCCCAUGAUUACAACGUGA